CAACAUUUGCAAACUGCUGUAGAGGCCAUCAACAAGUGUGGAGUGACAUUUUGGGUUUGGGAGAAGAAGAAUGCCGAUGGAAAGGGCAGUGGCACAUAUGACUGGACCAGUCUUAUCGGCAAUGAGAAGAAAAUUCUUUUGAAAACCUUCCCUGGACACUUCCCCUCGAUUCUACGUCCUAUAACACAGCCACAACUGUGAAGAAAAUAUGGGAGGUAUGAAUGCUAUAUUUAGUAUUACAUACAAAACUAAUGGCUUACAUUUUGUAUAUUCAUGACUUCUUGAACUACCAAACUACAAUAAUUGCGAAAUAGGAAUUCAAUAAAAAACCCAAUCAAGUUAUAAAUGAAUAAACCUCUGCUGUUGCUAAAUGAUUUUUUUACUGAAGCAAUUCAAGGAAAAAUGUUGAAAGCCACGUACUAGUAAGUAAUAAUGCAACUCCCCUACAUGAACUUUUAAAAGCCUAAAGCUAUAGUGAUAACAUGAGUAUGAAAUAAUACCUACAAGAAUAUCAAAAUAAUUAUUUAAUAAUUUGAAAAGACAAAGAUGACAAACUGACUGUAACUUCUGCAGUCUAACAACAAUGAUAAAAGACCCUACAUAGAGUAGCAUGCAGAUUACAUUGUUUUGCUCCCUUUUAGGAGCAACUCAGUCUACCAAGCAAAAGAAAAAAGAUGAGUAUCGCCUUAAUUACUAAGUAAAUACAAUGUGUAGAACUAAAAUUUUGUAUCUAACCUUAAACACUGAGGUUUUAUGUUUAAUAUGGCUAAUCAAUUGUUACAGCAGCUAUAAGAAUUAACCUUAGAAGUCAAAGAUAAAUCAUCUCUGAAAUUUGUCGAUCAACAGGACUUUCGAAAACUACUGUACUUUGACAACAUUUCAGUGUUGGACAAUGUAGAUGCUACUCUGUUCUGUCAAAAGGUGCCAAAAAUAUGUAUUUUCUUGCUUUACGGCUUUGUAUUUUGCUUUUCGAAGAGCAGCUCUAUUAUUAAUGAUUCGAUUUUCAAUUUGUUGUCAUUUUACAGGCAAAAGAUUGAGUAA